AUGUCCGAGUUUAUUGUGUUGUGUGAACGACACAGCUCAGUCUACUCUAUCUCCAUGGUGCUGGUUCUGACACAGCUGCAGGAACAACAGCAACAGAAUGCCGCUAAGAACGCCGCACCGCCGAAAAAUGCGGACAGUCUUAGAACUCGGGCCAUCACUGCUGCUUCACACGGUUCCACCUGUUGGGGACAGCUGCUGGAUCGUUGCGUACUGGAGGCCAAGCGCGCCCUGAAGCGACAUGUUGUGAGUUGUUGUUGUUGA